GUUUCCAGCUCACACCGUACACUCACUAAAAGCCGUAGCAAUGGCGACUUGGAUUCUUGGAUGGUUGCUAUGGCUUCCCGUGUUUCUCAUCUCCCUCUACCUCGUCGACAUCCUUGCACACUCCUGCCGCCGCCUCCCGCCUGGACCCCGCCCACUUCCGUUCAUCGGCAGCCUCCACCUGCUCGGCGACCAGCCACACCGCUCGCUCGCCGGCCUCGCCAAGAAGUACGGCCCUCUCAUGUCGCUCCGCCUGGGUGCAGUCACCACGGUGGUCGUCUCCUCGCCGGAGGUCGCCCGCGAGUUCGUGCAGAAGCACGACGCCGUCUUCGCGGACCGGUCCAUCCCGGACUCCAUCGGCGACCACACCAAGAACUCCGUCAUCUGGCUGAACCCCGGCCCGCGGUGGCGCGCGCUCCGCAGGAUCAUGGCGACGGAGCUGUUCUCGCCGCACCAGCUCGACGCGCUCCAGCAGCUCCGGCAGGAGAAGGUGGCGGAGCUCGUCGACCACGUCGCGCGGCUGGCGCGCGAGGGCGCCGCGGUGGACGUCGGCCGCGUGGCGUUCGCCACGAGCCUGAACCUCCUCUCGCGCACCAUCUUCUCGCGCGACCUGACCAGCCUCGACGACCGUGGCGCGUCCAGGGAGUUCAAGCAGGUGAUCACAGACAUCAUGGAGGCAGCGGGGAGCCCCAACCUGUCCGACUUCUACCCGGCGAUCGCCGCCGUCGACCUGCAGGGCUGGCGCCGGCGGUGCGCACGGCUGUUCACGCAGCUGCACCGGCUGUUCGACGAUGAGAUGGACCAUCGUAAGCUGCAUAGCCGCCAUGGUGGCCCUGGAGAGAAUGGGAAGGAGAAGGACGACUUCCUGGAGGUGCUCCUGAGGCUCGGCGCGCGGGACGACGACAUAGCAGGGCUUGACGGUGACACGCUCCGCUCGCUCUUCAUUGACUUGUUUGCUGCUGGGAGUGACACAAGCUCUAGCACAAUAGAAUGGGCAAUGGUGGAAUUGCUUAAAAACACAUUAUCAAUGGGUAAAGCCUGUGAUGAGCUUGCCCAGGUUGUUGGAUCAAGAAGAAGAAUUGAAGAGUCUGAAAUUGGUCAAUUGCCAUAUUUGCAAGCUGUCAUAAAAGAGACAUUGAGAUUACAUCCACCGGUUCCACUGUUACCACAUCGAGCUAAGAUGGCGAUGCAAAUAAUGGGUUAUACAAUACCUAAUGGUACAAAAAUAUUGAUAAAUGUGUGGGCCAUAGGUAGAGAUAAAAACAUUUGGACAGAACCUGAGAAGUUCAUGCCAGAGAGAUUCCUUGAUAGAACAAUUGACUUCAGAGGUGGAGAUUUAGAGCUCAUCCCAUUUGGUGCAGGCCGUCGAAUCUGCCCUGGAAUGCCAUUAGCUAUUUGGAUGGUGCAUGUGGUUCUUGCAUCACUAUUAAUUCAUUUCAAAUGGAGACUACCGGUUGAGGUGGAAAGAAAUGGAAUUGAUAUGACAGAGAAGUUUGGAUUGACUCUAGUAAAAGCUAUUCCGCUAUGUGCUUUGGCCACACCAACUUAAGUCAACGAGCCACUGUUUGAGUUAGAAUAAUGGACUGCUCUUUGUCAACUCAAGCAUUGUAUCAUGCACGGUAUUAUUGAUGUGAAAAUAAAAAUACAUCAUCAAUGAAAUUUGUGGGUAUUUACUACUUCCCAAUGUUUAUCAA